AUGUCUGGCAGCGACUCGCCCGAAGUAGCGACCUUCGCCUCUGGGUGUUUCUGGGGCGUCGAGCACAUCUUUCUGAAGCACUUCCCUCCUAAGGAGAACAAGGGCAUCCUGAAGACCACGGUCGGGUACACCGGUGGGCAGGAGGAUGCGACGAACCCGGACUACAAGACUGUGUGCACCGGCACGACGAACCAUGCGGAGGCGGUCCGGAUCGAGUUCGAUCCAAGCAUAGUGAAGUACGAGGAGCUCGUCGAGUUCUUCUACCGUACGCAUGAUCCUACGACAGUCAACAGGCAGGGUAAAGAUACCGGUACACAGUACCGUUCCGCCAUCUUCUACAACACCCCGGAGCAGGAGGAGAUCGCGAAGCGCGUCACAAAAGAGGUGCAGAAGGAGCACUUUGACCCUGUUGGGAAGAAGAUCGUUACGCAGAUCGUCCCGGCUGGCCAGUGGUGGGACGCAGAGGACUACCACCAGCUAUACCUGUUCAAGAAUCCCUCGGGAUACCAAUGCGAGAAUCACCGCCUACACUGGUGA